AGUUGUUUCUUAUAGCUUCCCUGGCGUUUUCAGGAAGCGUGAAGAACGAAGUGUCAUUUUCCGGCGAGUUUCCCCUUGUUUCCGAGGGUUGUGGUAACAUUUCCGAUUAGAGUGUCAACAAUAUUUAAAAAUGGUUAUAGUAUUUUCUUAAUUAAGGGUUUCUGAAUGUGUGAAUGGAUCUUUUUUUCAAGGAAGUUCAAUGUGAAAGUCAGUAUUUCUCCUUUUUCCGUUUUCCCUUAUUUUUACCUAAUGCAACACUGCGGAAUUCAGCCACGUAUGGUAUACCUGGAAAAUUUUAUUUAAUGCACAAUGCGUUAUUGAGAAAUUCAAUCCACUGUUUAGUUUUUAUUUUUUGAGCAAUUAAUUGAAUCUAAGUUGUUCUCAGAGAAGUGAAAGAUGCCCUAAUUCUGGAUCAUCAAUGCUUUACUCCAGAAGGUUGUGAGAGAGAAAUGGAGUGCCAGUGCUUUGGAAUUCGUUUUUUACAGUCAUGAUUGUGUAUUUUUUAAUCACUUUUUCUCAUUAACUCGAACGGAUCGCUUGUUUCGUUGACUGUGGUAGUAUGCGGUAGUUUUGUUCAAAAUAUACUCAAUGAGUUUUAAAUUUCACUAAUUGGAAGUUUAGAACUGGUUUUCUUCGGAAGGAGUUUUCUUUUUUGUCUUUUUUCUUUUUUCUUUUUUUUUUAUAUGUACAGUCCAUGGUAUUCUUUUCCCUUCAAGAAAAAAUAGUAAAUUUCUCGGUCUGUUAUUUUGUAUGUGCAGUCAUGUUCUCGUGAUCUCUUUGGAAAUUGCAAUUAUGCUUUUGUCUUACAUACACUGUAUUAUGAUAAAAAACUCUAAAUAUUUCUAUUUAUUGGAAAACAAUUACAUAUGUAAUCCUGGGCUUUUUUUGUUAUGAACUACAAAUAUCUGGACUAUUUUUCAUUAUUAAUAUAUAGGAAUCACCACAUGUUUGGGAAUCACUAAUCUCAUAAUUUAUGCAAAUAUAUCAUGGAAAUUCUUGGGCAUUUUAAUUAUUUAAUAAACAUCUUCUUUAGCUAAGCCUUUAAGAAACGUCUAUGGCGCUUUCUAGUCUCAUUUUGAAAAGUAUUUAUUUCUCAUUGAAACAAGCCAAUUCGCAUUGUCAUGCAUGUUUAUAAAAUGCUGGGUGUUUUUAAUCAGAAGAAACUCAUGCUCUUUUCUUGGUGUUUAAUACAGGGAAAAAUCCAAUUUAUAUAAAUUCAAUGAUCACGCAAAUUUGGGUUGUCCAGGUUUUAUAGUUUUGGAGGAUACCAUUUCCUUUUCUGAAACAUCAGUUCUCUGCGUAUCGUGAUGGUAUCAAUAAUGGAAUGGCUAUUGAUGUUUUUAUUGUGUAUUAUAUGGAUGAUAGGUCCAGUUUAUUUAACUCUAGAUACUGAUUUUCAAGAGACAGUUCUUCUAAUCAGAGACCCAUUUUGAAGCAACAAGCAUUUACAUGCAGUUAUUGGGACUACAGAUUCCGAUGUCCAGGCAUGUAUAAAAAUCAGCUGCAGGAGUUAGCUCAGAGAAGCUGUUUUAACCUUCCAUCUUAUUCAUGCCUCCGAGAAGGACCGGAUCAUGCACCUCGAUUCAAAUCCACUGUUAACUUCAAUGGCGAGAUCUUUGAAAGUCCAAAUUACUGUACCACCCUUAGACAGGCUGAGCAUUCAGCUGCUGAGGUGGCUCUUAAUGCUCUCUCCAAAAAAGGCCCUUCAAGAUUGUUAGCUUCGAGAGUUCUGGAUGAGACCGGUGUGUACAAGAAUUUGCUACAAGAAACAGCACACAGAGCUGGGUUAGACCUCCCUGUUUACACCACCGUGCGAUCCGGACCUGGUCAUGUGCCACUUUUCUUGAGCACUGUCGAGCUUGCAGGAAUGACCUUUUCAGGAGAUCCAGGAAAGAGCAAGAAACAAGCUCAGAAGAAUGCAGCCAUGGCUGCCUGGACAGCUCUGAAACAGAUGUCGCAAUCUGGUCCUUAUUCCUCUUUGUCAUCAGAGUGUGAGGUUAGCGAAGAGCAAGAACAGGUCACCAUUGCUCGUCUUCUUGCAGGGCUCAGCCUAACUAUCCAGCAAAAGACACCUGUUCAACAUGAACGACAGCAAAAAAGCCAGGAUCCAAAUAUGCAUAGGAGAGAGAUUCCCCAAUCAUGUAUUAUGUCUACUGCAUAUCCAAUCUUACCAUAUCAAAAUUGGUCUCCCUGUGAUUUCUCAACUGACAUUUCUAUGUACCAUUCAUGGAAUCAGCAACACAACUUAUUUGCAGUUUCCCCGCCUCCCCAACUGCUGCCAUACAUUCAGGCCUCUUAUCAUGCAAACCAUGGCUUAUCCAGCCCUACAAGAAUGGUCAUGGGAGUCUCUUCUUCUUUUUCGCCACCUUUUCUCUCUCUUGAACCGCUGCCCAUGCAGGUUAGAACCAGUGGGUGUCACAUGCAUGAGUUACAAGAGGAAAACAGGAGGGAAAAGAGAGAGUGGCCUCAUCAGGUAUUAAUGCCAAAUUCCAGGAUAGAUUCCAGCAACCUGAAUUCCAAUCACCGGUCUGAUACUCCCAACCUCCGGCCAUUCAAAAGCCAGAUGCCUCGUGCUUCUGUCAAAUCCAAUGUGAAAAUUCAGGAGGUGGAGGAAGAAAAGCAAAAGGGUCGUGGUUCAGGAGUAGAGAGGGAAUCAAAGUGCGAGAAUUCUGAAUCCUCGCAUCAAAAUUCUUGUAUUUCUCAGAUUCACGAAGGUAAGGAGACAGAGCAUUUAUGUGUUCAGGGUGGCUCUUUGGGAGCUUCAGCUACAGAGAUCCGAAACCGACCUGUUGUGAGAGAAUCUAGACUUAGGCCGAUAGCCCCCAGUUCAAUGCACUUUCAGGGACAGAGCAUGCGUAGGUUCAGUCAUUCGCAUGUUGCGAAUUUCAUGGCUCCAGCAGUUCAGAUAAGGUCAGUGAUACCGGUUUGUUCGGCUCCACCAGAAAGGAGGUCACCAGAGCCCAAUGACAUGUGCUCGACUGAAUAUGAUCCAAAAAAAUGACGAGUGAGAGAAUGUUUGGGCAUCCAAUUUAGAGGUAGGUUAAACGAUUAUAUUGCUAUAUGAAUACGAGUAAUCUUCAAGAGUUGCUGUCAGAGUUGUUUGUCC